UUCUCAAUAGCUGUAUUAGCAGAAUCUUUGCACACAGGGCAGAGCAGUGCCUUGUCCCCAGGGAAAGGAACUAUUUCAGACCCUAAGGAGUCAUCUUACAUGUUUCAACAUAAUUCUACUGUUGCUUUCUUUAUUUUAAAGGCAGCCGAAGUUUCUUUCUUUUGCAGCUGGAGAUUAAAUAACAGCAAGCAGAAUCUACUGUUAGAUUAGAUUACCAGGAUGACAAGGAACCAUUGGUGAACACUCUUUGGGUUCAGAUACAACACUAGAAGGAGAAAAUGCAAAAAGCAGCACUAUUCUGUUACAUUCUGCUUGUUUCUCUGUGCAUUGCUGUUGUUCAGAAUGAACGCAAUGUAAUGCGUAGGAGGGCAAGGAGGAGAAUGCGCUAUAGAGGGUUAAGAAAGAGCUCCUCAGGAAAUCAUAGACUAAACAAGCAACAAGAAAUCAAAUCCCCAGUCUUUAUUACUCCAAUACCAAGCAUUCCGCUUAUUAAUAUUGAUGGUGAUAUCACUGAAGUAUUUGACUCUCUGAUUGGUCAGGGUGGACAAGAAUCCAGUUACAAUAUUUUACCAGGAAAAGAAAAUAAAUGUUUUGCAAAUGGGAUGAUUAUGUAUGAUAAGUCUGUGUGGUCUCCUAAACCCUGUGUUACGUGCCUCUGCUCAAAAGGAAAGGUGUUGUGUGAUGAAACUUUGUGCCAUCCUCUGACGUGUCACAAUACCAAGAUACCUGAAGGAGAGUGUUGCCCAGUGUGUAUGGAUAUUGAGCUAAGUACUAUUUCACUAGGUGACACAUCUGAAUUUUCUGGUGAUAAUCUAGAGCCCAAUGACCAUACUGAUCCAGUCUUGUACAACCUACAAGAUCAAAAUGCUGAAAAGAAGGGAAAACAACUUGAAAAGAAAGAAAUUACUAUAAAAGAUAAAGAGACCCAGCAAAGAAGAAAAAGCCACGAACAGAAGGAAAAACAUGGACACACAAAGGAUCAAAGGGAAGAUGAGAAGAUGAGAGCAGCAGAAGAAAGGAGAAGAGCAUAUGAAGAAGAAGAGUUAAGAAUAGAAAAAGGACUCAAGAAAGAGGAAGAAGAAAAUGAAGAAGAAAGUGAACAACCUGAAGGAAGUGAGGAAGAAGAAAAAGAGGAGGAAGAUGUUUUGCGUGGUGAUGUAUUCAGAAUGCCGCCUCGUUUCCCAAUUCCCGAGCCUUCUACUGAAGUGCCUACUUUGCCAACCGGAUGCUCCAUCCUAGACAACACAAUCAGCUGUGUUAAUGCCAAACUCAAACAAAUACCACCAAUCAUGGAUGCAGAGCUUACAAGCAUAGAGCUUGUAGGUAAUACUAUAACUUCCAUCCCAGAUGAAGCUUUUAAUGGGAUUCCCAAUUUGGAAAGGAUUGAUCUUCGUAGAAAUAAUAUCACAUCAUCUGGCAUAGGUCCACGGGCAUUUAAAAUAUUGAAGAAUUUGCAACGUUUAUAUUUGGAUGGAAAUGCACUAGUACAUAUUCCGAUUGGUUUGCCAUCAACUUUAGAAGAACUUAAAAUAAACGAAAACCAACUACAUGCAGUUGAUGAAUACAGCUUUGAAGGUUUAGAAAAGUUGGUGACACUGGAAUUAGAAGGCAAUAAACUCAACGAAGCUAAUGUUAGUCCACUAGCCUUUCAACCUUUGAAGAGCCUGUCUUAUUUGCGCCUUGGACGGAAUAAAUUUAGGACCAUUCCACAGCGCCUUCCCAAUUCUAUUGAGGAAUUAUAUCUCGAUAAUAACCAAAUUGAAGAAAUUACAGAAGUUUGCUUUAAUCAUACCAGAAAUAUAAACACAAUUGUUCUGAGGCACAACAAAUUAGAAGAAAGCAGAAUAGCUCCUCUGGCAUGGAUCAAUCAUGAGAACCUGGAAUCUAUUGAUCUUUCUUACAAUAAUAUAUAUCAUGUUCCCUCCUAUCUGCCAAAGUCAUUGGUGCACCUUGUGCUUAUAGGCAACCAAAUUGACAGAAUCCCAGGAUUUGUAUUUGGACACAUGAGGCCAGGGCUGGAAUAUCUGUACCUUUCAUUUAACAAACUUGAUGAUGAGGGAAUUGAUCCUGUGUCAUUCUAUGGGGCAUAUCACUCUCUAAGAGAAGUCUUCUUAGAUCACAACCAACUGAAGUCUGUACCACUUGGAAUUGCAGAAAUGAGAUCCUUAAAUUUUCUGAGGCUCAACAAUAACAAAAUAAGAACAGUCCCUACUGAGCGCAUCUGUAGGAGUAGGUCGGAUAAUGAAGAGGAGGAGGAGGAGGAGGAAGAUGAUGACAGCGAAGAGAAUCAUGAUUAUGAAGAUUCACAAUUAGAACACCUUCAUCUUGAAUAUAAUUACAUCAAUACAAGGGAACUUUCACCAUAUGCUUUUUCAUGUGUCAGAUCAUAUUCUAGUGUGAUUCUGAAACCUCAGAAGAGCAAAUAAAAAAACUGUUUUUGCAUGUAAA